AUGACGGAGGAUACGAAUGGAUAUAACGAAUCUCUCCUGCCGGUCGCAGACCACAGUCUAGCGUGCUUGUCGAAUGCCAUGACAAGUGCUCGGCGAAGACCCAAGGCAUGUGACAGUUGUUGGCAGCGCAAAAUUCGCUGUGAUGAACAAAGUGGACGGUGUCAUGGCUCGCAUCUCGUUCGCGGUAAUGGCGAGCCUAUUAGACCUCCACGAAAGUCUCGAAAUGCAUCUCGAAAACGCCCUACUUACCUGGGUUCGCCAGAGCCUGGAAACGGUUUCACGCGCAUGACUCAAAUUGUGGCCUCGCCAUCUCUUGACCGUGAGACUAUUCACAAUGUUAGCAAUGAACCUGGCCAGCAUCUUUUGCUUGGAAGCAAUGUGCAAGUCGGCCAUGGCUCACCAAGCACGGAUCCAUCUCCAGGUAUGCAGUCGCUCACGUCGCGGGACAGCAUGACAGCCACCGGCGUGGAAGGAGUUGUGCUUAUUGAAACGAAUGAGGAUCCGCAAAAGUGCAAGUACGUGGGCAAGACUUCGACGCAGGUGUUGGCCAAAUCGGCAGAAGAGUACUUUAGGCCGGAUGGUUUCUUCCUAGGCGUUAUGGAAUUUUUCUGCCCUUUACUGAGUCAUUCUGAGGAAGUGAUCAUGACGCCAAGACCGAAACACCAGCCUCUGGUCAACAAGGAAACGGCGAUAUCGUGCAUCAAUGGUAAUGUCUUCCGCUGGCUGCGUCCCGGAUUCCUUGAUGAUAAGCAAUGA